AUGAGGGUGUUUGUGCUAGCCUUCACUUUGGCCCUUGCGGCGGGUUACCAGGUCAACUUUGCCCCUGAGUUUGCAACUGGAAAGACCUAUGUCUACAAAUAUGAAGCCCUUGUUAUGGGUGGUCUGCCUGAGGAGGGCCUGGCACGGGCUGGAGUUAAAGUCCGUAGCAAAGUUAUGAUCAGUGCAGCAGCUGCCGACGUCUUCAUGCUGAAACUUGUUGACCCUGAAAUCUUCGAGUACAGUGGCAUCUGGCCCAAGGAUGCUUUCAUCCCAGCCACCAAGCUCACAUCAGCCCUGGCUGCUCAGCUCCUGACACCCAUCAAGUUUGAGUAUGCCAACGGUGUUGUCGGCAAAGUUUUCGCUCCGGCUGGCAUCUCUGCAACUGUGCUGAACAUCUACAGGGGAAUCCUCAACGUCUUCCAGCUGAACAUCAAGAAGACUCAGAACGUCUAUGAGCUGCAAGAGCCUGGCGCACAGGGUGUGUGCAAGACCCACUAUGUCAUCACUGAGGACGCAAAGGCUGAUCGCAUCCUGCUGACCAAGACCAAGGACCUGAGCCACUGCCAGGAGAGAAUCAUCAAGGACAUCGGUCUGGCUUACACAGAGAGAUGCGCUGAGUGUGAGGCUAGAGGAAAGACCCUGAAGGGAACCGCUGCUUUUAACUACAUCAUCAAGGCAGCAGCCACGGGCGCUCUGAUCCUGGAGGCAUCUGCAACAGAGCUCAUCCAGUUCUCACCUUUUAACAUCUUGAAUGGUGCUGCCCAGAUGGAGGCUAAGCAAGUCCUGACAUUCCUGGAGAUUGAGAAGACCCCAGUGGAGCCCAUCAGAGCUGAAUAUCUUCACCGUGGAUCCCUGCAGUAUGAGUUUGGUAGCGAGCUUCUCCAGACACCCAUCCAGCUUCUGAGGAUCAGCAACGCUGAGGCUCAGAUUGUUGAGAUCCUGAACCACCUGGUGACCAACAAUGUGGUCAAGGUCCAUGAAGACGCCCCUCUGAAGUUUAUUGAGCUCGUCCAGCUGCUGCGUGUGGCCAGACUUGAGAGCAUUGAGGCCCUCUGGACUCAGUUUAAAGCUAGACCCGAUCACAGGCACUUUAUCCUGCAUGCUAUCCCUGCCAUUGGUACCCACGUUGCUCUGAAGUUCCUCAAGGAGAAGUUCAUUGCUGGUGAGCUGACUAUUGCUGAAGCUGCUCAGGCACUGCUGGCAUCUGUGCACAUGGUGACAGCCGACCUGGAGGCCAUCAAGCUUGCUGAGGGCCUGGCUGUGAACCAGAAGAUCCAAGAAAACCCAGUUCUGCGUGAGAUUGUCAUGCUGGGCUACGGCACCCUGAUGGCUAAAUACUGUGCGGAGACCCCAACCUGCCCAGCUGAGCUUGUGAGGCCCAUCCACGAACUUCUUGUCCAAGCUGUUGCCAGAGGUGAAACUGAGGAGCUCAUCAUCCUUCUCAAAGUCCUGGGUAAUGCUGGACAUCCUGCCAGCCUCAAGCCAAUCAUGAAGCUCCUGCCUGGCUUUGGCAGUGCUGCUGCUGCUUUGCCACUCACAGUUCACAUUGACGCUGUUCUGGCCCUGAGGAACAUUGCGAAGAAGGAGCCCAAGCUGAUCCAGGAUGCCGCUGUUCAGAUGUUCAUGAACAAGGCUCUCCACCCAGAGCUCCGCAUGGUUGCUGCUAUCGUACUGUUUGAGACCAAGCUGCCCAUGGGUCUGGUGACUACUCUUGCUGAUGCCCUCUUGCAAGAAAAAAAUCUGCAGGUCGCUAGCUUUGUGUAUUCAUACAUGAAGGCCAUGACCAAGAACACCGCUCCUGACUUGGCCUCUGUUGCUGCUGCCUGUAACGUUGCUGUGAAGAUCCUCAGUCCCAAAUUUGACAGACUGAGCUACCGCUUCAGCAGAGCUCUCUAUAUUGAUGCCUACCACAGCCCCUACAUGAUGGGUGCUGCCGCUAGCGCCUUCUACGUCAACAAUGCGGCAACUGUUCUGCCAAGAGCCAUUGUUGCUAAGGCUCGCACCUACCUGGCAGGAGCUUAUGCUGAUGUUCUUGAGCUUGGAGUGAGAACCGAGGGAAUCCAGGAGGCCCUUCUGAAAAUCCCUGAGGCUCCUGAGAAUGCUGACAGGAUGACCAAGAUGAAAGCAGUUAUGAAGGCUCUUUCUGAUUGGAGGGCUCAUCCUACCAGCCAGCCCCUAGCCUCUGUGUAUGUGAAAUUCUUCGGACAGGAAAUUGCAUUUGCCAACGUCGACAAAGCCAUUAUUGAUCAGAUUAUUGAGCUUGCCAGUGGACCAUCAAUUCAGACUUAUGGCAGGAAGGCUUUGGAUGCUCUGCUGUCAGGUUUCACACUGCAUUAUGCUAAACCAAUGCUAGUUGCCGAGGUUCGUCGCAUUCUUCCCACCACUGUUGGUCUGCCCAUGGAGCUCAGUUUCUAUACUGCUGCUAUGGCUGCUGCAUCUGUUGAAUUCCAAGCCACUGUGACACCACCUCUGCCUGAAAACUUCCAUGCUGCCCAGCUUCUGAAGUCUGACAUCAACAUGAGGGCUGCCCUUACUCCAAGUAUUUCCAUGCAUACCUAUGCAGUUAUGGGAGUGAAUACUGCUUUCAUCCAGGCUGCCCUGCUGUCAAGAGCCAGAGUUCACACAAUUGUUCCUGCAAAGGUGGAAGCAAGAAUCGACAUGAUUAAGGGCAACUUCAAGCUUCAGCUCCUGCCUGUCCAGGGCGUCGAUAAGAUUGCAUCCGCACUCGUUGAGACUUUUGCUGUUGCAAGAAAUGUGGAAGACCUCGCAGCUGCCAAAUUCACACCAAUGAUUCCAGCUGAAGUUGCAAAACGGUUGUCAAGGGAGUCCUUCUCUUCAAAGAUCUCAAGGAUGGCAUCCUCUCUGGCUGGUAGCAUGUCAGCAUCAUCUGAAAUCAUUCCCGUUGACCUGCCAAGUAAAAUUACCAGAAAACUGAAACUCACCAAGGCCUUUGAGAAGAAAAUGUGUGCUGAGAUUGAAACCUUUGGAAUCAAGGCAUGCACUGAGAUUGAGUCUCGCAACGCUGCCUUUAUCAGAGACUGCCCUCUCUAUGCCAUGAUUGGAAAACAUGCUGUCUUAGUUGAGGUUGCUCCAGCUGCCGGACCAACCAUCGAGAAGAUUGAAAUUGAGGUCCAGGUUGGAGAAAAAGCAGCAGAAAAGAUCAUUAAAGCUAUCAACGUGAGCGAGGAAGAGGAAAUUCUCGAGAACAAGAAUGUCCUGAUGAAACUCAAGAAAAUCCUGGUUCCUGGUCUGAAGAACAGCACAUCAGCUUCUUCCAGUUCCAGCAGCUCUCGUUACAGCAGCUCCCGCUCAAGCGUCUCCUCCUCUGCAUCAUCCAGCUCCUCCUCUCGCCGCAAGAGCAAGAUGGUUGACAUUACCGCUCCAGUCAGCAAGGCAUCAAAGAGACUGAGCAGCUCCUCCAGCAGCGCAUCAAGCAGCCGUUCAUCUCUCCUUGCCAGCAGCUGCUCUUCUAGCUCCAGCUCCUCCAGGUCCAGCUUACUGUCCAAGCAAGAACUGUAUGAGAUGAAGUUUACCAAGCACCACAUCCACCAGGUAAUUAUCAGAUUGAUGAGACACCCACAUUGUGUUCAUCAAGUUUUAAACAGGCUAAAUAUAUGGUAUCUUUGUUUGCAGCAUGCCCUCUCCACAGUCCGUGCCAGCAGCAAGAGCAGCGCCUACAGCUUCGAGACCAUCUACAAUAAGGCCAAGUACCUCGCUAAUGCCGUCACUCCUGCUGUGACCAUUCUCAUCCGUGCUGUGAGAGCCGACCACAAGAUUCAGGGAUACCAGAUUGCAGCUUACUUUGACAAAGCUACUGCCAGACUGCAGCUCAUUUUUGCCAACCUGGCUGAGAACGACCACUGGAGAAUCUGCGCAGAUGGUGUGAUGCUGAGCCGCCACAAGCUGAUGGCCAAGAUUGCCUGGGGCAUUGAGUGCAAGCAGUACGAGACUGAGAUCACGGCUGAGACUGGUGUUGUGGGUAAAGAACCUGCUGCCCGCAUGAAGAUUACCUGGGAGAAACUUCCGCUAAGCAUGAAGCGCUAUGCAAAGGAGAUCUCUGAGCUCAUUUCCCGCCUCGCUAAGGAAUACGAAAUAAACCUGGCAAAGGUCAAAAAUGUUCGUAACCAGAUCAAACUGUCUGUGGCUGUUGCUACUGAGACUAGCCUGAACAUUGUGCUGAAGACACCAAAGAGGACACUUUACAAACUUGGUGUGGGUCUCCCCAUUUCCAUGCCAAUCGGAGAAACUGCUGCUGAGCUGGUGCCAUACCAGAACAACUGGGCUGACAGGGUCUCCUACAUGAUCUCCAAGGCUCAUGCAGUUGAGUGCACCAUGGCCAAAGACACACUGACCACAUUCAACAAGAGGAAAUACAAGAAUGAGAUGCCUCACUCUUGCUACCAGGUUUUGGCUCAGGAUUGCACCCAGGAACUUAAAUUCAUUGUUCUGCUGAAGAGGGAUCAAACACAGGAACAAAACCAGCUCAACAUUAAGAUCGCAAACAUUGAUGUGGACCUGUAUCCAAAGGACAGUGUCAUCAUGGCUAAGGUUAACGGAGUAGAAAUCCCCAUCAGCAACCUGCCAUAUCAGCACCCCACAGGCAAAAUUCAGAUCAAACAGAGAGGUGAGGGCAUCGCUCUCCAUGCUCCCAGCCAUGGUCUCCAGGAGGUCUACCUUGAUCUGAACGCACUGAAGGUUAAAGUUGUGGACUGGAUGAAGGGACAGACCUGUGGACUCUGUGGAAAGGCCGACGGUGAAAUCAGACAGGAGUACCGCACACCUAACGAGCGCGUGUCCAAGAACGCUGUCAGCUACGCUCAUUCCUGGAUUGUGCCUGCAAAGAGCUGCCGUGAUGCUUCUGAGUGUUACAUGAAACUUGAAUCUGUGAAGCUGGAGAAGCAGGUGAUCCUCCAUGGCCAGGAGUCCAAAUGCUACUCUGUUGAGCCCGUGAUGCGCUGUCUGCCCGGCUGCCUGCCAGUGAGAACCACCACCGUCACUGUCGGCUACCACUGCGUGCCCAUUGAUUCUAACCUGAACUUCUCUGAGGGUAUGAGCAGCAUCUAUGAGAAGAGCAUUGACCUGAGGGAAACAGCAGAAGCACACCUGGCCUGUCGCUGCACCACUCAGUGCGCUUAAUCUCAUCGCCUUCAGCCAUACUAUAUUGUAGUUUUUGUUUCAUACAAGUGUUGUUAAUCACUUUGUUUGAACUGUAAAUUUAAAUAAAUUGCAGAAGCAUCAGUUACCUGCAAUUCUUUGGAAAUGCUGCUGCUAUGAGGCAAUAAAGC